UCGGGCACAGUCGUUCUUCAAAAUCAGGGGGCGGUAUUUGUGUCAGCUCUCCACGUUUUGUUUACAAAACUACUUUUUACAAGAACCAUGAAAAAUCAGGAUUUGGUAGAUUUCCUAAGCUCCUUGGGAGUGUGCGAAAUAUGUCAGCUACGUUACCUGAAGGCCAGGGGAACGGAGUACAAGGACAUCAAAGAAACCCUGCAAAAGUUCGAUGUAAAACUGAAUAAAAAUGUGGUGUACGACGGGAAACUAAUAUCCUACGAAGCUCAACCUGCUAAGAAAGCCCGAAUAGGAAUUUGUCCAACGUGCAUGGGCUUGUUCUCAAAGGACUUUCAGAUGGAGCUCCUCGGGUGCAUAUUAGCUUCGGACUUUGCAAAAUAUGAUUGCCAGAAAAUAGUAUUGGCAAUAAGUUUGCCCAUGUCGCUGCAGCUGAGACAGUUAUCAAUGUGGUUUGCUUUAAAAAGAAAAUUCGGGGCAUCCAUAGACGAUAAUAUUCCCCCCGAUGUGCCAAUAAAGGAGGCUGUUAAGCUUAUUCUACACCCCAUUAUUUGCGACAAGUUGGAGAAGGAGUACGAUGCCAAUGGCCUGAUGAUCAAUAUAGAUCUCACACAUAAGCUGGAAAACGAAGAGGUGGAGAAACUGGUGCAAUUAAACAAGGAGGCUUUUCCUGCCAAGGCUGCGUACCAAAAGCGCAUUGAAAUUUCGAGAGGUUUACUGGAGAAACAGUACCAACCUUCUAAAGUGAAAGCGGAAACCUUUGAGAAAUAUUUUGAAAUACCUUGUACACAGGUAGAGGAAUCUCUAAAGCUCGGGUCAAUAGAUUUGCAAGGACCACUAGUUUGUGUGGCUGGCAGGUAUCGAAAGUUGAGCAGGGAACUCUCUCACACUCCCUGGAUUUUAAGUGGCCAGAGACUAAUGGAUGACAGUAUAGAGGAAAUUAUUAUUAGGCAUGUUGGUCCUCAUUUUACAGAAAAGCUUGACAGAAUCACCUUUAUGUCGAGUGGUAGAGAAGAUGUGGACGUCCGAUGUUUGGGAAAAGGCAGACCAUUUGUUUUGGAAAUACCAAAUGCCACAAGGAGCUGCUUGAGUCAAAACCAGGCCUUCCAGAUGGAACGGGCUGUGGAUGGAUCUGGAAAAGUGUCCAUACUUAACCUUCAAGUCGUAGCCAGAGAAGAAUCUAUCCACAUUAAGACUGGUGAAGAACAGAAAAAGAAAUUCUAUCGCGCUUUAUGUGCCUUAAAAGAACCUGUUACUGCGGAGAUCCUGGAUAAACUGCAAAUUUCAACGAGCUUCGACAUUCAGCAAAAGACCCCCAUACGAGUUCUGCAUCGACGUCCUUUGCACACGCGUCCUAGAAAGAUUUAUAGUGUUAAGGCUAAAGUACAACGUGGAAGUACCAAAGUAUUGAUCAUCGAUAUUGUCACUCAAGCGGGCACUUAUAUAAAGGAGCUGGUUCACGGGGAAUUUGGCAGGACAAAACCGUCAUUGUCCUCGAUCGUAGGCAAGCCCAUCGAUAUUCAAGCUCUGGAUGUGGUCGGGAUUGAUUUGGAUUGGCCUUUAGAGGUAAAUAACUCGACAUGUAUAGAGUAGCGAUGUUAAAAGUGCAUUUGGUCAGAUUUCUGCUGAUUAAAAUAAAUAUAAAAAAACAAGCUACGAAUUCAAA